AUAAUAACACAAAUGGAGAUUGAUUUACUGAACUACGAUCCAAUUGAGGAAGAAUCAAAGAACAAGUUAAAGAGAUUCGUCCAGACCCCAAAUUCCUACUUCAUGGAUGUCAAAUGCCCAAAUUGUGGAGCCAUCAAUGUUGUUUUCUCCCACGCCCAGACCAUCGUCGUUUGUGCUGAAUGUAGCGAAGUCCUCUGCACCCCAACCGGUGGUAAGGCAAAGCUUGUUCCAAAGAGCGCUUAUAAGAGAAAAGGAGACUAAAUAGAGUGUUAUUCCUAAUAAUGGUAUCGAACUAUUUGUCUAUAAAUAAACAAUUUGAGGGAAAGCCAACUCAUUGUAUUGACUCGACA